UUGUCUAGUACCGUGUGGCUGUUAGCUUAUUGUGUUCAGUCGUGGGUGCAGCUCUGCGAACAGACCAGGGAGAGGAACCGACAGAGUCUAGGGAGUUACAUUUAAACAUUUUCCUCAGUUUAGUAUUAUUGGGGCAGCAUAAUGACCGAUAAAAUGGAUAUGUCUCUAGACGACAUUAUCAAGCAGAACAGGCAGCAGAGAGGUGGAGGCCGGGGAGGCAGAGGCCGAGGCCGCGGAGGCUUAGGCGGCGGCCGCGGAGGAGGCCCCGGGCGGCUUGGAGGCGGCGGCAGUGGAGGAUUUGGAGGCCGGGGCGGCGGAUCCGGCCCCAUGAGGAAUCGACAGAACCUGAGCCGCGCUAGAGGCAGACCGACACCUUACAGCAGGCCUAAACAGCUCCCCGACAAGUGGCAGCACGACAUGUUCGACAACGGCUUCGGAGGCUUUAAUGGUAGUGGAGGGGGUGGCGGAGGAGCCGGCGUGGAAACUGGAGGGAAGCUCCUAGUCUCCAACCUGGACUUCGGGGUUUCGGAUGCAGACAUUCAGGAACUUUUUGCUGAAUUCGGGACCCUGAAGAAGGCUGCCGUUCAUUACGACCGUUCAGGAAGAAGCCUGGGAACGGCCGACGUCCACUUUGAGAGGAGGGCAGAUGCGCUGAAGGCCAUGAAGCAGUACAACGGCAUCCCGCUUGAUGGGCGUCCCAUGAACAUACAGCUCGUCACGUCACAGAUCGACACACAGAGGCGGCCUAUGCAGGGGCUGAACAGAGGUGGUGGGGGUAUGGCCAGAGGUCGUGGUUUCGGCGGCAUGCAGAGAGGUCGAGGUGGCCCCCGAGGAAGAGGACGGGGUGGACGAGGCGGGCGAGGCGGUGGAACCAAGCAGCAGCUUUCAGCAGAGGAACUUGAUGCACAGUUAGACGCCUACAACGCCAGAAUGGACACCAGUUAAGAGAUGAAGAUCUUCCUAGACGUCCUCCCUUUCUUUCUGUGCAGAAGGGGGUGGUUGUUACAGAUGUGCAGAAUAUUUUACACAUGCUUGUUUUCUGAUGUGAUUUGAAAGUGUUCCAGUCUCUUCUUUUAAAUACUCCAAAGUGUUUUUUACCUGUAUUUUUUUUUUUUUUCUGAUGAAAAAUGGUUUUGACUGUAGGUUAUCUAACUGGGAUUCCCCGGUUCCCCUCAGCCCUGUAGUUGAUGAAAGUUGUAAUAAAAACCUGCAGUGUAUAUUAACCAAAA